AUGCAGAUUCAAGCCUUCUUCGCCCUGCUUUUUACCUCUGGCGCUAUUGCUGUUGUUAACCCAAUUGAUGCUCGCAUUACGUAUGCUAUUCGCCCCAGUUCAUAUAUCCCGACAGACCCUGCCCGCAUUCAUCAGAAGCCUGAGGAGUUUCCUUGGCCCGACUUGAUAGGAGAGGGAAGCGGCUACAAAGGGACCACACCAAAAACAUGGUAUUACCCAAUUGAUCCUGAGGGUCUGAUUAAAAUAUGGAUCGACGACCGGGGGUCCAUCUAUACCAGGGAUUCGACAAAAUUCGACAAUUACGACCAGUGUAUUGCUCACUGUUGUAAGUACGGCACUAUACUGACCUCGCAGGUCGAUCAACCAAAUCCUGAGAAAUGCAAGUACCAUUGCAACUACCAAGCCCUGUUGGCCCUGCUUGCUGAAUCUGGCGCUAUUGGUCCUAAUGGGAAAAGGCUUAUAUCCCGAAGGAUCCUGCGCUCGCUCAUGGAAUCCCCGAGAGAUUCCCUUGGCCCGAAUUGA